GGGGAAACAUGGAGUGGGAGUUAUAGACAUAGUGGAGAACAGGUUUAUUGGCAUGAAGUCCCGAGGUAUCUACGAGACUCCAGGAGGCGCUAUUUUGGCCACUGCUCACAUCGACAUGGAAGUGUUCACCAUGGAUAAGGAAGUGCGAAGGAUCAAAAGAGAACUCGAUGUCAAAUUUUCUGAUCAAGUUUACAGAGGGUUUUGGUUCAGUCCGGAGUGCGAGUUUACCCGCUACUGUAUCAAUAAGAGCCAGGAGCACGUAGAGGGGACGGUGCGCGUGAAGGUCUAUAAGGGGUCCGUCUACGUCAUAGCGAGACACUCUCCACUCAGUCUAUAUAACGAAGAGCUCGUCAGUAUGAACGUCCAAGGCAACUAUGAUCCAGUAGAUGCUAAAGGCUUCAUCAAGGUCAAUGCUCUCAGACUACAAGAGUACGAGCGACUACGCCACAAGCUGGGUCAGAGUUAG